ACGCGGAGCCCGGCCGCUGGAGUUGUCCUCGCCGGCGCUAGGGCGCCGAGGGGCUGGAGGGGAAGGUGGCUGCGCGAAAGGUGGGAGACCUCUGCCAGACCGGCCGGACCUGGGCGGGGGUGCCGACGGCGUGGGGACAGCUGAGGCUCGCGCGCGCCACAGUGUCCUUGCGCGGGCCGGGAGCGAGAGCGGGGUCCGUCCCAUGGCCGGGACCCGGAGCGGCGCUCCCUGCGGGGCUCCCGGGAUUUGCUCCCUUCUUGGCGCUUUGUUCGCUGGGCUGCUCUUCCCACGCGCUGUCGCCUUCAAUCUGGAUGUGAUGGGCGCCCUGCGCAAGGAGGGCGAACCAGGCAGCCUCUUUGGUUUCUCGGUGGCUCUGCAUCGGCAGUUGCAGCCUCAGCCCCGGAGCUGGCUGCUGGUGGGGGCUCCCCAGGCCCUGGCUCUUCCUGGACAGCAGGCGAAUCGCACUGGAGGCCUCUUUGCUUGUCCACUGAGCUUAGAUGAGACCGACUGCUACAGAGUAGACAUCGACCAGGGAGCUGAUGUACGAAAGGAGAGUAAGGAGAACCAGUGGCUGGGUGUCAGUGUUCGGAGCCAGGGACCUGGGGGCAAGAUUGUUACAUGUGCACACCGAUAUGAGUCGAGGCAGCGAGUGGACCAGAUCCUAGAGACGCGGGAUGUGAUCGGCCGCUGCUUCGUGUUAAGCCAGGACCUGGCCAUCCACGAUGACUUGGAUGGUGGGGAGUGGAAGUUCUGUGAGGGACGGCCCCAGGGCCAUGAACAGUUUGGGUUCUGCCAGCAGGGCACAGCGGCUGCUUUCACGCCUGACAGCCAUUAUCUCCUCUUUGGGGCUCCAGGAACCUAUAACUGGAAGGGCACAGCCAGGGUGGAGCUCUGUGCACAGGGCUCACCGGACCUGGCCCACCUGGACGACGGGCCCUACGAGGCGGGGGGAGAGAAGGACCAGGACCCCCACCUCAUCCCGGUCCCUGCCAACAGCUACUUUGGUUUCUCCAUUGACUCUGGGAAGGGUCUGGUGCGUGCAGAUGAGCUGAGCUUUGUGGCAGGGGCCCCCCGAGCCAACCAUAGGGGUGCUGUGGUCAUUCUGCGCAAGGACAGUGCCAGUCGCCUGGUGCCUGAAGCUGUGCUCUCAGGAGAGGUCUUGACCUCUGGCUUUGGCUACUCGCUGGCUGUGGCUGAUCUCAACAAUGAUGGCUGGUCAGACCUGGUCGUGGGAGCACCCUACUUCUUUGAGCGCCAAGAAGAGCUGGGUGGUGCUGUGUAUCUGUACAUAAACCAGGGCGGUCAUUGGGAAGGAGUCUCUCCACUCCGGCUCUGUGGCUCCCCUGACUCCAUGUUUGGGAUCAGCCUGGCUGUCCUGGGGGACCUCAACCAAGAUGGCUUCCCAGACAUUGCUGUGGGAGCUCCUUUUGAUGGGGAUGGAAAAGUCUUUAUCUACCAUGGGAGCAACCUGGGGGUCAUCAUCAAACCUUCACAGGUGCUGGAGGGUGAGGCUGUGGGCAUCAAGAGCUUUGGCUACUCUCUGUCUGGCGGCCUAGAUGUGGACGGGAACCAUUAUCCAGACCUGCUGGUGGGCUCCCUGGCCGACACUGCGGUGCUCUUCCGGGCCAGACCUGUCCUCCACGUCUCCCAUGACGUUUCCAUUGCCCCACGGGCCAUCGACCUAGAGCAGCCCAACUGUGCUGGUGGCCACUCUGUCUGUGUGGACCUAAGGAUUUGUUUCAGCUAUACUGCAGUUCCCAACAGCUACAGCCCUAUUGUGGCCUUAGAUUAUGUGUUAGAUGGGGACACGGACAGGAGGCUCCGGGGACAGGUUCCCCGUGUGACCUUCCUGAGCCGUGGCCCAGAUGACCCCAAGCACCAGGCCUCAGGCACUGUGUGGCUGAAGCAUCAGCAUGACAGGGUGUGUGGAGACACCAUGUUCCAGCUGCAGGAGAAUGUCAAAGAUAAGCUUCGAGCCAUUGUGGUGACCUUGUCCUACAGUCUCCGAACCCCUCGGCUCCGGCGACAGGCUCCUGGCCAGGGUGUGCCCCCAGUGGUCCCUAUCCUCAAUGCCUACCAGCCCAGCACCCAGCGGGCUGAGAUCCACUUUCUGAAGCAAGGCUGUGGUGAAGACAAGAUUUGUCAGAGCAAUCUGCAGCUGGUGCACUCUCGCUUCUGUGCUCGGGUCGGCGACAUGGAGUUCCAGCCCCUGCCCAUGGACGUGGAUGGGACGACGGCCCUGUUCGCACUGAGUGGGCAGCCAGUCAUUGGCCUGGAGGUGACAGUCACCAAUCUGCCCUCGGACCCAGCGCAGCCCCAGGCUGAUGGGGAUGAUGCCCACGAAGCCCAGCUCCUGGUCACACUUCCUGCCUCGCUGCACUACUCAGGAGUCCGGGCCCUGGACCCUGCAGAGAAGCCACUGUGCCUGUCCAAUGAAAAUGCCUCCCAUGUCGAGUGUGAGCUGGGGAACCCUAUGAAGAGAGGUGCACAGGUCACUUUUUACCUCAUCCUCAGCACCUCUGGGAUCACCAUUGAGACUACAGAGCUAGAAGUGGAGCUGCUGCUGGCCACGAUCAGCGAGCAGGAACUGCGUCCAGCCUCUGUUCGAGCCCAUGUCUUCAUUGAGCUGCCACUGUCCAUUACAGGGGUGGCCAUACCCCAGCAGCUCUUCUUCUCCGGUGUGGUGAGGGGCGAGAGUGCCAUGCAGUCUGAGCGGGAUGUGGGCAGCAAGGUCAAGUAUGAAGUCACGGUGUCCAACCAAGGCCAGUCGCUCAACACCCUGGGUUCUGCCUUCCUCAACAUCAUGUGGCCCCACGAGAUUGCCAAUGGGAAAUGGCUGCUGUACCCCAUGCGAGUGGAGCUGGAGGGUGGGCAGGGGCCUGGACAGAAAGGGCUCUGUUCUCCCAGGCCCAACAUUCUCCAGCUGGAUGUGGACAGCAGGGAUAGGAGGCGGCGAGAGCUGGAGCAGCCCAAGCAGCAGGAGUCUCAUGAGCAGCUGGAGCCCAGCACAUCCUGGUGGCCAGUGUCCUAUACUGAAAAGAAAAGAAAUGUUACCCUGGACUGCGCCCGGGGCACAGCCAGAUGUGUGGUGUUCAGCUGCCCACUCUACAGCUUCGACCGUGCAGCUGUGCUGCAUGUAUGGGGCCGCCUCUGGAACAGCACCUUUCUGGAGGAAUACUCGACUGUGAAGUCCGUGGAAGUGAUUGUGCGGGCCAACAUCACAGUGAAAUCCUCCAUCAAGAACUUGUUGCUGAGAGAUGCUUCCAUGGUGAUCCCAGUGAUGGUCUACUUGGACCCCAUGGCUGUGGUGGCAAAAGAGGUCCCCUGGUGGGUCAUCCUCCUGGCUGUGCUGGCCGGGCUGCUGGUGCUCGCACUACUGGUGCUGCUCCUGUGGAAGAUGGGAUUCUUCAAGCGGGCAAAGCACCCCGAAGCCAGUGUGCCCCAGUACCAUGCGGUGAAGAUCCCUCGGGAAGACCGACAACAGUUUAAGGAGGAGAAAACAGGCACCAUCUUGAGGAACAACUGGGGCAGUCCCCGGCGGGAGGCGCCCGAUGCACACCCCAUCCUGGCUGCUGAUGGGCACCCAGAGCUGGGCCCUGAUGGGCACACUGUGCCGGGCACCUCCUAGCUUCUUUUCUUGCAGCCUGGCCCAUGGCUGCCUCCACGCCUUCCUGAGAUGGCUCCUCAGGAUGGAGAGGGUGGAGAAAGUUCCUGGUAUCACGUCACGACUUGGCAGGACCUGCUUUCUCAGGGGCACAGCCCCUCCCACCCACAGAACUCCCCUCCCCCCCAUGUCCCCUUAGAAUGCUGUGAGACAAGAGGGUUAAAUCAGGGAUGGGGUGGGGCAGGGCGAGGUGGCAGGGAUGUCCUGGCACUGGUGCAGAGAAGGGAGCCUAUCCCUUCCCCUCCCAUUCACCCCUUGUAACCUGUCUCCCCCAAAGUGCCUUAGCCAGAGGGCCAGGGAGGAGACUGUGUCACUGACUCAGGGGCUCUUCCCUCCCUAGGUCCCCUCUCUUCUGACCUUAGUUUGCUGCACCAAUCUAGUGGGUUUUGUCUAUUUAUUAAAAAAUAUUUGAGGACAAAAA